AUGUUGCAAGAAAUGAAUCACUCGAAUCUUCCCGAGUUUCUUGGCUCGUUUAUCUCGGAUCGUGGCUUAGUUUUAGUCAUGAAAAGAGUUGUCGGCAUCAACAUUGUGAGUUUCGUCUGUGAAUUGGGCUACUUCUCAGAGGCAAUUCUUCAACAAAUCUCUCGACAAAUCUUCUCUGCACUUGAAUACAUUCACAAUAAAGGAAUCAUUCAUUUAGAUGUUAAGCCAGAGAAUAUUCUUGUCGAGAGCAGAGCUACUUUGAUCGACUUUGGAUGCGCUCAAUGGAAUGGUUCUACGGAUUGGUCCGACGGGGACAGCCGAUUUCGAGCGCCUGAAGCCGAAACCGAAGCGCCGACAAUGGCUGCUGACGUUUGGUCCUAUGGAGCCGUGCUUUCGCUACUUUGCUGGGGUGAGGCACGUGCGUUACGAAGACCAACAACAACCAAACAACAACAACAACAGCAACAGCAACAACAACAGCAACAGCAACAACAGCAACAACAUCAACAACAACAACAGCAACAACAGCAACAACAUCAACAACAACAUCAACAACAACAGCAACAACAACAACAACAGCAACAACAACAGCAACAACAGCAACAACAGCCAACAACAACAACAGCAACAACACAGCAACAAAGCAACAGCAACAGAACCACAACAACAACA